AUGUCAGAAGACCAACCAACCCCAAUCCAACUAAACAUUUAUGACUUAUCACAAGGGCUAGCUGCCCAACUAUCAUUACCAUUGAUAGGGAUUCAUCUAAAGGCCAUUUACCACACUUCGAUAACGGUAUACAACACUGAAUAUUUCUUCAAUUCUCAAGGUAUUAUGCAAGUUGUACCAUUAACUUCACAUUUUGGUAAACCGAUAGAAAUUAGAUCAAUGGGUGAAACUUUUAUACCUCAAGAGAUAUUUCAAGAAUUUUUACAAAAUUUAGAUAAUUUUAAACCGGGACUUUAUGAAUUGUUUGAAAAUAAUUGUAAUGAUUUCACCAAGAUUUGUUUAGAGUUCUUGAAUGAUGGUAUAUUGGAUGAAGAAAUUAGUGGGAUGAGUAUGAAAGUUUUGAAAAGUGAAAAAGGUGAAGCUCUAAGAAAUUUGAUGAUGGGGUUCAUGCCAUAA